GAACUGGUGACGUCAAAGACUCUGAUGACCUUCGCUUUGCAGAUUUGUCGCGCCUUGGAGCACCUGGUGAAUAAUAAGGUAAUCCUAAGACAAAUUUGAAUCAGGUAUUAAUGUGUGUGUGUGUUGGAGGGGGUCAUGUGGGGUAAUAGUGAGGUCGUUAUAAGCGUCAUUUAGGGUCGUUGUGGGGUCAUUAGAGGGAGUGGUUACGGGCCAGCCGGGAAUUUCCAGUUCAUGAGCUUCGUUUGUCUAGGGGGUAUUCAUUCGCUUGAAACAACCAAUGCUUCAUAAAUCAACGUCACUUUAUUCCGAUAUAAUAAGCUCCGAAAAUCGAACACUUCAAUACAGUUAUCGAUCCACACCAUUACAACCACUCUAACACGUCAUUUCCCUUUAUAAAAAAUACGUCAUAAAAUCUCUUUCCAAACGAUACAACUACACAAAUACUCUCCACACUAAACACCAUUUCCAUACCAAUUUACGCCCCAAAAUAUAGUUCACAACAGAAGUGAUUGGGGGGGUCAAGAUGGUAGUCAGUGAUGAAAUGUAGGGUUAGUAUGGGAGUCUUUGCUGGGGUCGUUGUGGGGGGGGGGUUCUAUGUAAGGGGUCAUUUUUAAAAGUAAAUCUUUUAACUUUUGGGAUUAGUUAUGCCCCUUUAUCACCCGUUGUUGGUCCCCAGGAAGCUCUGACCAAAUAGUUUGAUUUCAAACUGACCAUUCUCAAGUAGUUCUUAAACAGAACUGCAGCUACACUUAUGGGAUUACAACUGAAUGUGACAAACCUAAACCAUAUUUAGUUUGAGCACAGAGUGGCAGCUUUGGGGUUUGACACGGUUUGUGUGACAAGUGGCUAAACCUGUGUUGAUCCGUAAAGUUAAACCAAGUAAUUAAUCAUGGAACAUAAGCUCAAACACGUCUUGCGAUUUUAAUUAUACAUUUGACAAAGUUGGCUAAAAAAUUUUUUUUUUUUUUUAAUUGCUUAAGGCUAGUUCACCCAUCUCAUUGUUGCCUCACUUCAAAGUAUUAACAAAAAAACACAUUUUACCCAUCUGCUUUCCGUCGAGAUUCAUCUAUGCACGCAAACAUACAUACACACCGGCUUGCCAUCUAGAAUUUCUGUAUAACCGUUUCACCCAAAAGCAUACAUCAGACACAGUAGCAUACAAUAGACACGUCAGCAUACAAUAGUCGAAUUUAAAAAAAAUUGCUCUUUCAGAUCGUCCAUCGUGACGUCGCGGCCAGGAACAUUCUUCUGUUUGACCGCAAUGUUGUCAAAAUCUCGGACUUUGGA